AUGGGGAUUCUGAACCAGCUAUCAAUCAUUCACCUCCUCUGGGCUGCUAUGGUCUUUUGUCAAUAUGAAGACUAUGAUUUUGAGGAUGAAUAUGAUGAGGAGCCAGAUCAUCAACAUCCAGAUUAUUUUAAUUUUAAUCCAAAUACACAAGCUGAAGUUCCCCGCUUUCCUUUUCCAGUUGAGUGCGCCAGAGAAUGCUUUUGUCCACCAGCUUUUCCGUUAUCCAUGUACUGUGAUCAUCGUAAACUUAAGACAAUACCAAAUAUCCCUAGUCACGUCCAACAACUUUAUCUGCAAAACAAUGAUAUUGAAGCUGUGCCUGCAGGACCAUUCACUAAUGUUACCUUCCUAAGAGAAAUUAACCUCAGCCACAACAAAAUUAAAUUUCAUAUGAUUGACCAUGGUGUUUUUGCCAAACUUUCAAACUUAGUGCAACUUCAUUUACAACAUAAUGAAUUAGAAGAAUUUCCAUUCCCACUCCCCAGCUCUCUAGAGAGACUCCUCCUUGGUUUCAAUAGGAUUUCUCGGUUAUCAGGAAAUGCAUUGGAAGGAUUACCUAACAUAACCAUGCUUGACCUUUGCAAUAACUUUCUUGAUGACUCUGUACUCAAAGAAAAAUCCUUUUCAAACAUGAAAAACUUAAUGCAGCUCAACUUAUGCAACAACAAAUUACAGACUAUGCCUCCUGAUCUACCAUCGUCACUUAUGUAUCUCUCUCUUGAAAAUAACUCCAUUUCUUAUAUUCCAGAAAACUAUUUCAACAGACUUCCAAAAAUCAUUGCUCUAAGAAUGUCCCACAAUAACCUGCAGAACAUUCCACGCAACACCUUUAAUCUACCUAACCUUCUAGAACUUAAUCUUGGACAUAACAAAUUGAAACAAGUAUUCUACAUUCCAAAAAGUUUGCAGCAUUUGUAUAUUGAAGACAAUGACAUUGAAAUCAUAAAUGUUACUUUGAUGUGUCCAUCUAUUGAUCCAAUGAACACCAACCAAUUAACCUAUAUACGGGUGGACCAAAAUAAGCUUACAAUUCCAAUAAGCAGAUACGCAUUCUUUUGCUUCCCUUACAUUCGAACCAUUUAUUAUGGUGAACAAAACGUUAAUGUCAACAAAUCAACUCAGCUAACAAUAUCAGUGUUUCGACGAUUUUUAACACGAGAAGAAUACAAUGAAGCAGAAGACGAUCACGGAACACAUGAUCAUGAAACUGAAGAAGAUAAUGAAGCAGAAGAAAACUACUUCCAUCCUUACUUUCAGUGA